AUGAGUUUCUUACUUCCUGUUCAAUACGGAUUUCCCCGACUCAGCCUGGGAGACUUCCUGGCACUGGCGGUUCUCCUUGCUGCCAUCCUAGGAUUCGGUUCCAAAGGUUUGCUGUGGGAUCGACCAAACCCGCUCACUCGACAAUUGUACGAGCGCCGACAAGAGACUUUUCUGGGACGCACAAGAAAGGUGCAAAGAGAAAGCAGACAUCUUGGGCGUCGCGUGAAACAGGAUAACCUCCAAGCCGUUAUUCUCUGGGGCUCUCAAACAGGCACCGCGGAGGGCCUAGCUCAAACGCUUGGGAGAACAUUGAGAUCGCAUCUUGGAAUUCAAGUGGGAGUGCUAGAUUUGAGCCACAUAAUCCCACAUACGUUGGCAUCUGUGUCCACGGAGACACCUUUGAUCUUCCUAUUGUCCACCUAUGGCGAGGGAGAUCCGACAGAUAACACUAUUGCAUUCCAUCGCUGGAUUCUAUCUUCACGUACCACAGCAAACCUCUCGAACAUUCGUUAUGCAGCCUUUGGGCUAGGCAACAGCACAUACCUCUACUUCAAUCGCGCUGUGAAAUCGGUUGUCCAGCAACUUGAUUCACGAGAGGCAGUGCGCAUUGCCUCGCUCGGUCAAGGCGAUGCAGCCGACGGCAGCACCGAGGACUCAUUCUUUUCGUGGCAAGAUGAGCUUCUGAACGUCCUUAAAAAACAUCUGUGUAUAAGUAAUAGGCAGGCAGCAUCAUUUCAGCCAGCAAUGCGGUUCCUUCCAGCUUCUCUGGAUGAGAGAACGUGGACGGGAAAGCCUCAGGACCUGCAGCUGUCCCAUCGUGCUUCUCCUCCGUACGAUCUGGGUGUUACAGAUCAAGGAAUACUAAAUCCGUCAUCUUCUUGGCCGUGUCUAUAUUUUCAAAUCGACAUUUCGGAACAUCCCCAACUCAAGUAUAAUACAGGCGACCAUCUUCUGAUAUGGCCAUCCAAUCCUCAACAGGAAGUGAACCGGCUUGUUCGUCUCUUGGAUUGUGAUCCAGAUCAAGUUUGGAAGAUAUUACCUAUAUCAGAAUCAUGCAAUAGUCGCAUUCCGCCUAGUCCGGUCUCACUGGGCGUUCUUCUUCGAUGCUAUCUGGCUAUCACAAGCCCGGUAUCCCGGCAAAUGCUUCAAUCUCUAGUACAGGCGACCCCAAAUACCGAGGAAGCUCUCCGUGAUGGAGUCUCUGAAAUUGAAUCUCGGACUGACCAAUGGAAUCGUGUUCGGGAUUCAAGAUGGACGCUCGGUGAAGUAAUGGAGCGAGUCCAGGCAGCGACUGGAGGAGAUUGGCAUUCCCUACCUCUUUCUUGGCUUGUGGAAAAUAUACCGCCACUGCAGCCUCGAGCCUACUCCAUAGCAUCCUCAGCAGUGAUACAUCCUCGCCUCCUGAGUAUUGCAGUGGCUUUACCACAAGAGACUCCGAGUUGGAGAUCUGGUCUGGUUACAGAUCGACUUCGGAAUGCACCAGCUUCAAUAGUUGGUCAACUGCGACGUUCAAAAUUUAAAUUGCCAACCAACGCAUCUGCCGAUUUCAUAAUGGUGGCAGCUGGUAGUGGCAUUGCUCCAUUUCGUGCCUUUAUUCAAGAAAGAGCUCGUUUACAUACAAUUGGGCGCCCGAUAGGGCGCAUGACACUGUUUUUUGGUUGCCGAACUGCAAACGACUAUCUAUAUAAAGAUGACCUCGAGUCGGCUCAGAGACAGCUGGAAUCUCUAUUCCAUAUCCACGUAGUUUUCUCUCGAGAUCCACCACAGCUUUAUGUCCAAGACGCGAUCACUGAGCAUGCUGACAUGAUCGUAAAGCAUCUCCGGGAAGAGGGGAACUUCUUCUACAUUUGUGGGUCUAGGUCAAUGGGGCGAGGGGUUGCAGAAGUUGUGGGCGACUCCUUAGCAAAAGCAGGAAAUGGUGACAAGGAACAAGUCACACGUUUUAUGAGCACAAUGAAGAAGAGAGGACAAUGGCAGGAAGAUGUUUGGUAG